AAGAAACAUAUUUGACAAUUCUUAUAAAAAUCAACCUGCUGCCGCUGGCAUACAAAUUUCAGUUCUUACUAAAACAGAAAUCAUGAUUUUCUUUGUGCUCCUAAUUGGAGCUGCUUCAGCAGCAGCACCUGGACUUCUCCAGUCAGCCCUGAGUAACCCCGCUGUCUUCACCAAACUGUUCUCUGAAUAUGGAGUAGCCCAGGAUAGACAUUACCUUGCACAGGAGAGGAGACUCAGAGCAGGUCUCUUCAGACAGACCCUUAAAGAGGUUGUAGAGCAUAACGGAGUGGGAGAUCGAGAGGAUUGGGUGAUGGAACUUAACAUGUUCGCUGACAUGACUGAGGAGGAAAAGGCUGGUUACACUGGAUUCAACGCUUCUCAGGCCCUUGAAAGUCUUGGUGAUGUUGAGGAGGCAGUAGUUCCUCAAUACCUCUCUAACCCUUCCUCUAAGGACUGGAGAGGUGUAGCUGUGACUAAAGUAAAAGACCAAAAGAGCUGCGGUUCUUGCUGGAUCUUCUCUGGAUUUGGAGCUCUCGAAGGACACUACAAGACUCAAGGUAGCAUCCUGAAAUCUUUCUCCGAGCAAGAAGGUUUGAACUGUAUCCAGAGGAACGGCUGUAAAGGAGGCUUCAUGGGAAAAGUUUUCGACUGGCUCAAAAAAUCAAACAGGGUAGGAGCAAUGAAAGAUCUCCCCUACUCUGGAAGACAGGGAAGUUGCAGUGGCAAUAGCCAAAACGCCCUCAUAGCUUUCCGAGUAACUGGUUACUCUAACGCUAGAGGAGAUUCCGGCCAUGUUACUGCUCUGGCCACCAAGGGACCCCUCUCUGUCGGCUACAGUGUUGCCAGUGAUUUCUUCAAGUACAAGGGUGGAGUCUACAGGAGGUCUUCCUGUUCAGGCGGAGGGCACGCUGUGACGAGUGUAGGUUACACUGCUGACUACUUCAGGAUGAAGAACAGUUGGGGCGCUCGGUGGGGUGAGAGCGGUUACUUCAGGAUCGGGCGUGGUAAUGUGUGCGGAAUCACCAACAUGGGAUUCGCUCCCACCUUCCAAUCUACCGGUCAAACUGACAAUGGCACUGAUGAGGGAGGUGAUGACGGUGGUGAUGACGGUGGUGAUGACGACAACAACAAAACAUGUACUGACAAUCACAGCAGAUGUUCCGAAUGGGCUGGCCGAAACCCCUCAGAGUGUGCAGAGAACUGGACCUACAUGAAGUCAAACUGCCAGAAAUCCUGCCAGCAGUGUGGAUGUCAAGACAUGAGCGCCAAGUGUGGAGGAUGGAAAGCAAAGGGAUAUUGUGGAUCCGGAGGUUAUGUUGACUACAUGAACUUCGUGUGCAGGAAGUCUUGUGACAAAUGCGGUAAAGAUGACGGUGGUGACGGUGGAGAUUGCCAGGAAGGUUUUAAGAAGUGCCCUGAUGGCAGCUGUAAACACGAGCACUGGGACUGUUAGGAUUCACGGACUGGUUCAAAUAAAGCGCGUAGUAAUUAGAAAACUUGCAAUUUAGUUUUAUCUGAAAAUAUUUACUAAA